AUGAGUUCUACGAGCACUCCACUUCCGUCACAGGAAGCACCAGAGUGGCGCCACGAGCCGCAUCACAUCACGCUCCGCGAAACUGUUGACUACACCAUCUUUGUCGGCCAUCUUCCGCCGCAUGAUCGCUGCAGCCUACAUGCGCACUACAACCCGACUGUCUGUCUGUCACUCAUUUCAAUCAUUGAUGUGACUGACCACGUCGUAUCUGAUCCCAUUCGCCGAAAACAAACUCCAUCCCCUAUCUCAAUUGCAAAAGGGACAUUAUUGUCGUACAACAGUACCCCAAGCAAUCCCCAUGUUCACGAGUAUACGUCGGACGCCCAUCCGUCCCUGUUUCUGGGCAUAGAGAGUCCAUUAGGUCGUGCCAUAGGCCCCCCUUCUCCACUUAUGUCUAUCGAUGUGCUUCCCCAUGUGUCUGUACGACAUCACGGUGAAGACUUGCCAUUUGCUUCAGCUGCUGUCGCAACGCUUCCACCAGGGUGUACUGUAAGAAUUCAUGUGAAUACGCUUGAUGGAGAAAAGGUACUGUGUCGGCUCAUGACUACUCUCAUGGGACCAGCUCUUGACCUUCUUGAUGUACGUUCUUCUCCGGACCAUGUCAUAGAGCAUCUUCGAUACGACAAGUACGAUCCGCCAAAGCUGGCAUUUGCUAUCACCAACUUCAGGGGCAAGGGGUUUGACUCAAAUGAGAGUACUACCAUAACAAACAACACAGCGCACUCUUGCGAAGUUUUCAUCAUCGAUUUCUUUACAAAGGAGAAUUCUACAACAAGUCAGUAG